UCUGCGAACGUCACGAGCAGAAUAGGAUGUGCUUCUUUCACACAGCAUUGUUACGAUUCCACGUGGCAGUGUUUUCCAUCACCACUCGGGGGGGCGCCACCCCCGAUGAAAAAGGCUACAUGAAAAAGCAGUAUUCGAGGUCGCCAUGGUCGGUGUUGUCUGCAACAGCACGGAACGGGUCACUGUCAGCGACUCGGCCAUCUUUACAGAAUGACGACGGGCAUAUCUGCUCAAAUCUGUUCGGCCAAGCCGUUUGCGCUCGGCGGUGCGCAAGCAGCUCGCGUUUUGCUCUGCUCUUCUGUGUGACCAUAUGGACUGUCGCCGCUGCGUAUUGACCAGAUGGCCACAGCCUGGUUCCCUAGUGUGGGCACGUUGUUGCCCAUUGCAGCGCUCAUGUUCUACCGACUGGGACGCGACCAGACGACCAUGCACACGCUCGACCUUCUCCAGGAGUACGAUUACAUCAUUGUGGGUGCGGGCUCGGCGGGCUGUGUGCUGGCCAACCGGCUGAGCGCUGACCCACAGGCGAAGGUGCUCCUGCUGGAGGCUGGUGGGUGGGAAGGCGAACUGGCUGACAUCCCCCUGAUCGCAGCUUCUGUCCAGGGAUCAGCUCUGGACUGGAAUUACACCACGCGGCCACAAGAGGCCGCUUGCUUCGGCAUGCACGAAAGACGCAGCAAGUGGCCACGGGGCAAAGUGCUAGGUGGUUCGAGUGUCCUCAACUAUAUGCUUUACGUGCGAGGCAGCCCUCAUGACUACGACCGCUGGCGGGAUCAUCAUGGCUGCGAUGGGUGGGGGUGGCAAGAAUUGCGGCCGUACUUCUUGCGCUCGGAGCACAAUUGGGACCCGGACAUCGCCUCUAACGGUCACCACGGGACCGAUGGGCCCCUUUCAGUGAUGCGCGCCCCGUACCACACGCCCGUGGCUGAAGCCUUUGUGGAGGCUGGCCGGCAAAUGGGCUACCCCGCAGGUGGCGACAUCAACGGAGACAAACUCGCAGGCUUCACGAUCCCGCAGGGCACCGUCUGGCAGGGUCGUCGUCACAGCACACGCCGUGCCUUCCUGGACCCUAUCCUUCACCGUCAGAAUCUGCACAUCGGAGUCUACUGCCACGUUACCAAGGUUCUCGUGAAAGAUGGCAUGGCCUACGGUGUUACCUUUGACCGCUACACCGUACCACACCGCGCUCUGGCCCGACGGGAGGUGAUCCUGGCAGCCGGGGCCAUCGGCUCCCCUCAACUGCUGCUUCUCUCAGGCAUUGGACCCGCCGUACAUCUCAACGAAGUCGGGGUGCCCUUGGUGCGAGAUCUGCCCGGUGUGGGUGCCAACCUUCAGGACCACAUUUUUCCUGGUGGCCUCAACUUCCUGCUAGAGAAGCCAGUGUCCGUGCUUCAGUCGCGCACCUUCACCCUGCGGGAGUUGACGCACUACCUUGCCACCCGCUCUGGCCCACUGACGCUGCUUGGUGGAGUCGAGGGUUUAGGCUUCGUGAGCACACGCUAUGCCAGUAUGGAGUGGCCAGACAUUGAGAUCCACAUGGCGUCCGGCUCCCCGGUGUCGGAUGAUGGCGACACCUUCCGCUUCGCGCAUGGAUUAAGCAACGAGACGUGGGAAUCAACAUUUCUUCCAUACCUGGGGCGCGAAUCUAUGUCGCUGUAUCCUGUGAUUCUGCGACCGCAAUCACGCGGCCGACUGCGCCUACUCUCCCGAGACCCGUACGAUGCUCCGGACAUCGACCCUCGCUAUCUGACACAUCCACGGGACAUCAACACUAUGGUUGACGCCAUGAAGUUGUGUCUCCGGCUGGCGGGAAUGCCUGCUCUGCGGCACCUGGGCACACGUGUGUGGGAGAAGCCGCUGCCUGGCUGCGAGCUGUACCCAUUCCUCGGCGACGAGUACCUGGCCUGUGUGGCUCGCUCGUACACCAGCACCUUGUACCAUCCGGCCUGCACCUGCCGCAUGGGGCGCGUCAACGACUCGCGCACUGUCGUGGACUCGGAGCUCAGGGUGAAAGGAAUAGAUCAUCUACGCGUUGUGGAUGCUUCGAUCAUGCCCACCCUUGUGUCCGGAAAUACCAAUGCACCAGUCAUCAUGAUCGCAGAGAAAGCCUCGGACAUUAUCCAAGAGCAUUGGCAGAAAAUUCCUGUCCUGAGCAAAGAAUCCGACGCAGUAACAAUGUCAACGCCCAAGCUUUGAAGCUGUGCCAGAGACCACUCAGACUUGGCUGUGUCGCAAUGCACUAAGAAUGCAGGAACUAGAAAGCUCUUUUUUUUUUCUCCCGUCAUUUGAGAGAUAGCGCAUGAAGCAGUAUUUUAAAACUUGCCCCAAAUCUUUCUUGGGAACGGGUUGCAGUGUUUCAAAUUAAUGGUGAUUGUAUUUUAAUUUCAUCAUCAUCAUAUAUGUUACUUAAGGGCUCCUGGAGGGGUUACAAAUUGGGCGCUAUCAAGCUGAACUGCCAAUGACCACAUUAUUAGUUAUGCUGGACAUAAAAGAGCAUAAAAAGCUGGACAUAAAAGAGCAUUCUACAACGGCAUAGGAUGAGUACAUUCACUUAGAUUGCCACACGUGAUUGUUUAGUAUAUUGCGGAAAGUUUGUCGGUUACUGCACGUUACUGCACGUGACGUGAUUUUAAAGACAAAAGGCUAGUCACAAAACGAUGGAUGCUUGAAGUGAUUAACAGUGUGCGAACAAAGAAAAGCUACAGCCCGGGGCUUACGUUCUGUCAAAGGGACUUGCCAUUUGUUGUCCUUGCCAAGACAAAGCUGCCACUCAUAACAUUGACUCCAGAGACCGGGCUGGCGUUUCCCUUUCCCUCCCCCUGUUCAUCAGGCGCUGCGCGUUGCAACAACCUGUGAGGUCAUGAGGUACUGGAGAUGUAAUUUCAAGAUAGCACAGCCAUCCAUCUCUCACGUUGGCGUCGUGCCCAAUUUAUCCUUGCGUUUCUACAUUAGCUUUCCUUGAUGAUGAUUAUGACGGUGAUCGAUAUUGUUUUUUUUUUUGUUUCACGCGGACAUCUAGGCCAAGGAGUGUCAGAGCGUGAGCACUCCUGAACGAGGUAAGACUGAGCGAGGUUAUAGGUUACUCCUUUCACAGAGUAGCUGACCGGACCCUUCUUCAGUUGAUAUUCUCGCCUCUCUCUAGUUAAUGAAUGUUCCAAGUACCUGAGCUUCAUCGAAGGUCAUCCGUAACCUGUUGUGAGCUCACGUGAGCGUCUGCCAAAACAGAACUAUGGAGAAUGGCAGCAAGCGCAUUUUGUACCUUCCGCUCUCCCCGAACGCGCACACGCAGCGGAGACGCUGCCCUGCAUGUAAAUGUCUGUAAUCUCGGUAUUUACUCUUAUAAAUUCAUAUUUCUAUCCA